AUGGCCCGUCAAAAGAUCAAUCCCCAGUUUCAGGUGGGACCUGAGGAGGAUGAGGGCAGUGUGAACAACGGUGAGGCGCUGAUGGCCUUGCCGGCCGGAGACGGACGACGACGUGAGGGCGACAGUGGACGAGGCCAGCCUGGGCCGGGAGGGGCGGCGGCGGCGGCGGCGGCGGCGGCGGCAGAGGUGGCAGUGGAAGGAGAAGGAGCAGAAGAAGCUGGGGCCGCUGCUGGAGAUGCAGGCUUCAUGCUUCACUGGAACCAAGAAGGCCUUGGCGCCACUGGCUGUGACCAGGAGAAUGAGAAGCAGCCAGAGGAGCCCGUCCCUGAUUACAUGGGUGAUUCAGAAAAUGUAAAGCCUGUGCCAGGGCAGGGGUCCUGUGCUAAUCCUGUGAGAGUGUUGGUGCCCGAAUGCCGCCCCCGGGCACAACACAGGUUCACCCUGCUGCAGCUACAAGAGCUAGAGGGCAUUUUCCAGCGCAACCAAUACAUCAGCUCCUCAGAAGCAAAACGUCUGGCAAGAUCCAUGGGUGUGAGUGAAGCCAAAGUACAGAAAUGGUUUUUGAAGAGGAGAGAAAAAUACAGGAGUUAUAAGAGGCUGUAA